AGUCACCGCACACUGGACCAAGUCCACGGCCUGCGGCCGGACUCCGCCGUGUCGCUUAGUUCGUCAUACAACUGCAAACUGCCUCGUUCUCUCCGCGCUCCGGUCUCCCCAGUCCACGCCGCGCAGGCUGGAAGAGCUCGAAUUUCCUCACUCCCGCGUCGCCUCGCCUCGCCUCUGCUCGCUCCGGAGAAGGCUAGCUGCCCCGCGAGCCGAGCGCGGCGCCCAUGGCGUUCGACAAGAUCCAGGUCGCCAACCCCAUCGUCGAGAUGGACGGUGACGAGAUGACACGAAUUAUAUGGAAAUGGAUCAAAGAUAAGCUUAUAUUUCCUUUCCUGGACUUGGAUAUAAAAUACUUUGACUUAGGUCUACCUAACCGUGAUGCUACUGGGGAUAAAGUAACGAUAGAAAGUGCAGAAGCUACCCUAAAGUAUAACGUGGCCAUCAAAUGCGCAACUGUCACCCCAGAUGAAGGACGCGUAAAAGAGUUUAAUUUAAAAGCUAUGUGGAGGAGUCCAAAUGGGACAAUAAGGAACAUCUUAAAUGGAACUGUUUUCCGAGAACCAAUCGUCUGCAAGAAUGUUCCUCGGCUUGUGCCUGGAUGGACAAAACCCAUAUGCAUUGGCAGACAUGCUUUUGGUGAUCAAUACCGAGCAACAGAUACAAUCAUCAGAGGGCCAGGGAAACUCAAGUUGAUAUUUGAUGGCAUAGAGGAACAAAUAGAGUUGGAUGUGUUCAACUUUAGUGGUGCUGGUGGAGUAGCAUUGUCUAUGUAUAACACUGAUGAGUCAAUUCGGGCAUUUGCUGAAGCUUCGAUGAAUGUGGCUUACCAGAAAAGAUGGCCGCUUUAUCUUAGUACCAAGAACACAAUCCUGAAAAAAUAUGACGGAAGGUUUAAAGACAUAUUCCAAGAAAACUAUGAAACAAAUUGGAGAGGCAGGUUUGAGGAUGCAGGAAUAUGGUAUGAACAUAGACUGAUCGAUGAUAUGGUGGCCUAUGCCCUAAAGAGUGAAGGUGGCUAUGUUUGGGCUUGCAAGAAUUAUGACGGAGAUGUGCAGAGCGAUCUAGUUGCUCAAGGUUUUGGAUCGUUAGGUCUCAUGACAUCGGUUCUGGUGUGCCCUGACGGUAGAACAGUUGAAGCUGAAGCUGCACACGGUACAGUCACACGACAUUACAGAGUCCACCAAAAAGGAGGCGAAACUAGCACAAACAGCAUUGCGUCAAUCUUUGCGUGGUCUACUGGAUUAGCACAUAGGGCAAAGCUCGAUGACAACAAAAGACUGUUGGAUUUCACACAAAAACUUGAAGCUGCUUGUGUGGGAACAGUGGAAUCUGGAAAGAUGACAAAGGAUCUAGCUCUUCUCAUACACGGACCAACUGUUAGCCGUGAUAAGUAUCUGAACACCAUGGAGUUCAUUGAUGCGGUUGCUGAGGAGUUGAGGACAAGAUUGUCCGCAAAAUCAAAGUUAUAAAGGAGGGACUUGUUAGGAUCCUAUAAUACAAGGUUUGCGUUUGUGCUACGAAUAGGGCAACGUGUCUUCCCUACAGUGCUCAAAUAGAGCCUCUGGUGACAGUCUGAAUGCACCUCCGAACAAUGAAGGAAGAUGCUGUCUAGCUCGAAAAUAAGUAGGCUCUUUUUUAUCGGAUUCUUGGUGAUGAUCGAGUCAUUUCAUGCAGCUCUUCAGAUAGCGAUGUCCAAAUCCAAGUUGGGCUUCUUACACCUACACACCCGAAGUGGUGUUUGUACCAGACAUAAUAAGCCACUUUAUUCAAACAUUGUAAUGCCACCACAUGAAAUCAAAAGCCAAUUUGAAAUC